ACCACAGCAAAAGAAAAAAACAGAAAACACACCUAAUUGAAGGGUAAAUAGCCCACUAAUCGAUCGAUAGCCGCCGAGAACCGCCCAAAAGUGGAGCGUGUACCCGCUAAUAGCCAGAAGCGGCGUGGAAACCGCCAAGCCCGCAGCACUGCACCCCGAAGGCCAGCUGCAGCCGCUUCCCGCGCAUUUUCUUCAAUCCAGCAACACCAUCCAGACAACGUGGAACUCCCGCUGAACCAGUAACCGGCAUUAUUUCCAUUUUUCGGAGACCAAAAAUUGUGAAAAUACAAGAUAAAAUGCCGCGCAGAAAGGCCCUGACUAAUAACAACAAUGCCGGCGAGUCGGAGCAACUGCAGCCACCGAAGGCGAAGCGCGCCAGGAUCGCAUUUCAUCUGGAGCUGCCCAAGCGGAGGACUGUACUGGGCAACGUGCUGGUCUGCGGCAACGGUGAUGUGGGCCAACUGGGUCUCGGCGAGGACAUCCUGGAGCGCAAGCGUCUCAGCCCGGUGGCGGGAAUCCCGGAUGCCGUGGACAUAUCCGCCGGUGGCAUGCACAACCUGGUGUUGACCAAAUCGGGGGACAUUUACUCAUUCGGUUGCAAUGAUGAGGGCGCACUGGGUCGCGACACCAGCGAGGAUGGCAGCGAGGCCAAGCCGGAUCUGAUCGAAUUGCCCGGCAAGGCAUUGUGCAUUUCGGCGGGCGAUUCGCAUUCCGCUUGUCUGCUGGAGGAUGGCCGCGUCUUUGCUUGGGGCUCGUUCCGGGACUCGCAUGGCAACAUGGGCCUCACCAUCGAUGGAAACAAGCGUACGCCCAUCGAUCUGAUGGAGGGCACUGUCUGCUGCAGCAUCGCUUCGGGCGCCGAUCAUCUGGUCAUUCUGACCACUGCCGGAAAGGUCUUCACCGUGGGCUGCGCUGAGCAGGGACAACUUGGCCGGCUCUCGGAGCGUUCCAUUUCCGGAGAGGGUCGUCGAGGCAAACGCGAUUUGCUGCGACCCACCCAGCUCAUCAUCACGCGGGCCAAACCCUUUGAGGCGAUCUGGGCCACCAACUACUGCACAUUCAUGCGCGAGUCGCAGACAGAGGUCAUCUGGGCCACAGGACUGAACAACUUCAAGCAGCUGGCCCACGAGACCAAGGGCAAGGAGUUCGCAGUGACGCCCAUCAAGACGGAACUGAAAGACAUCCGACACAUUGCCGGCGGUCAGCACCAUACUGUCAUCCUGACAACAGACCUUAAAUGUUCCGUGGUGGGUCGUCCGGAGUACGGUCGCCUGGGACUGGGCGAUGUCAAGGAUGUUGUGGAGAAGCCAACGCUUGUGGAGAAGCUGACCGACAAGGUUGUGUCCGUGGGCUGUGGCGAAGUCUGUUCCUAUGCCGUUACAGAGGAUGGCAAACUGUAUUCCUGGGGCUCAGGCGUCAACAAUCAACUAGGCGUUGGCGAUGGCGAUGAUGAGCUCGAACCAAUCGUGGUCGUCAGCAAGAACACGCAGGGCAAGCACAUGCUGCUCGCAUCUGGCGGUGGUCAGCACGCAAUCUUUUUGGUUAAGGCGGAUAAGCAGGAACAGAAGGAAAAUGUUCCUGUGAAGGCGUCUGCCAGCAGCAGCAGUAAAAAGGACAAGACCCCGCCGCAGGAUAGUGCCGACAAGGAAGCCGAUAGUGCAGAUAAGCAGGAGCAGAAGGAGAAUUUGCCAGCGAAGGCGUCCACCAGCAGCAGCAGCAGCAAAAAGAACAAGACGCCGCCGCAGGAUGAUGCCGACGAGGCGGUCGAAGAGGAGUCCGUCAAGGAACCGACUCCCAAGAAGGCCAAGAAGCCGGCUGCCAAGCGAGGCGGUAAAAAGACAUAAGAUUGAGUAUAAAUACGCUGACUUUCCCAAUUUGUUUUUGGUGACACUAAGUUACAAAACCCGUACGCUUACCCUACGCUUAAGGAAUGUUUACUCAUGGCCCAGAUUCGUAAGAUAGAUCGGAAUUUUUGCUUAUUUGUACGCCGAGAUUUACGAACUGAAUCGUGUUAAGUUCUUAUUAUUUUGAUAAAUAGAUGCCCGCUUAUAUCUUACAAGUCUGCCUAACGACGAAAACUUCUUUAUCAACCCAACUAAAUGUUUAUUAUAUAUAUUCGUUCGCAAUACGAAACCUUAGUAAAUUUGUAUUUGAACGCAAAGUGAAACUAAAUGAGAUUUAUUUACAAACUAA